AAAAACAAAACAAAAAAUUCUCUAAUAGGUUAUAUCACAACUGGGAAAGUGAAUAAAAUUUCCCAUUAACGGUUCGAAAUUAGCUCUUUAGAAUACGAGCCAGGACAUGACAGGGAACAGUGGCAGCUUCCGACAUCCCUUUGAGCUUGUGGGUUUGCUAUUAUGGUAACCCUGGGGCCUUAUGAUUGUUUUUCAAAUGUAAGUAGGGUGCUACAAAUAGUUAAGGAAAGAACAAAAGCCUGGUCAUAAGACUUUUGAGUCAUAAACCUGGUCAUAAAGCACACAGAGUGAGAAGUAAGCUCUUUAUUUCCUUGGCUCUUUAUAUAUGAGAAGACACAUAUUUAUAUGUUUAUAUAUGAGAAGAAAUACAUGUAAAUAUAGAGAAUAUAAAUUAUUCUCAUACAUCUGUAUGUAUAGUUUCUGAGUCAGAGCACUGAAAGUCCCUUUUACUAGGUUGGAAUGGCUCUGUGCAGCCCACUUCGAGUACAGGAAGGAGUUUGCUUAGCAGUCAGUCCCUGGAGGUCCUGCCCCAUGUCCUGCACUGGAGACAGCUCUGGGGUCACAGGCACAGCAACACAGGCUUGCUGUGCAGAGCAGUGUGCGGCCAGCCGGUCAGCUGACCCGGUGUCAGUUUCGCGUGGACCGGGGAGGUGGAAUAUAAUUGCGUCCUCAUCGCACCCGAGCAUUAUGAGCUCUGGAAUUGAGACCUUAGUGGAGGAGCUCUGCUGCAGACUGAAAGACCUGCAGAGCGAGCAAGAAGAGAAAAUUCACAAAAAGUUGGAGGAGUCUCCAUCUCCAGAAGUAGAAUUAUCCCCCACAACGAAGGAUCAAGUGGAAAUGUACUAUGAAGCAUUUCCACCACUUUCUGAGAAACCAGUUUGCCUGCAAGAAAUCAUGACCGUGUGGAACAAGUCCAAGUCCAAGGCCUGUUCUUACUCCAGCUCCUCUUCGUCAUCCACAGCCCCCCCAGUGAGCACAGAUACGUCCUCUCCCAAGGACUGCAACAGUGAGAGUGAGGUCAUCAAGGAAAGAAGCACCGAAGGGCCCACCAUUGUGCACGAGAAAGCCCAGAGCAGAAGCAGGCAUGAGAAGGAGAAUAAACUGAGUAAUGGCGCUGGGGAGGAAAAACCUGCCUUGUACAAAAAGCAGAUCCGACACAAGUUGGAAGGGAAGAUGCGCCCUCGCUCCUGGUCUUCUGGCUCUAGUGAAGGAGGCUCAAGUUCAAGUGGUAAUCAGGGAGAAAUCAAAGCAUCCAUGAAGUACGUUAAAGUGAGACACAAGGCGCGAGACAUUCGAAACAGGAAAGGGCGGAAUGGGCAAAGCAGGCUGUCCCUGAAGCACGGGGAGAAGGCAGAGAGAAGCAUGCAUGUGGGCGGUGGCGGCAGCAGCAGCAGCAGUGGGUCCAUCAGGCAGCUGUGCAAGCGGGGUAAGCGACCAGUGAAGGAGGCAGGGAGAAAAGAUCCUGGGAGCACUGGAGGGAAAGAGCUGUACACAGAGAGCAGAAACAACAGAGAAUAUAAAGAGGAGCCGUUGUGGUACACCGAACCCAUUGCUGAGUAUUUUGUUCCUUUGAGCAGAAAGAGUAAACUAGAAACCACAUACCGAAACAGACAAGAAACAAGUGCUCUGACACCAGAGGCAGUGGAAGACUUGUCUGAGUCAGUGCAUGGUCUUCGUAUCAGCAACAAUAAUACUCACAAAACAUACCUCGCAGCAGGUACUUUCAUUGAUGGUCAUUUUGUAGAAAUGCCUGCAGUUAUAAAUGAGGAUAUUGACCUCACUGGGACCUCAUUAGGUUCUCUGCCAGAGGACAACAAAUACCUAGAUGAUAUUCAUCUGUCAGAAUUAACACACUUCUAUGAAGUGGAUAUUGAUCAAUCCAUGUUGGAUCCUGGUGCCUCAGAAACAAUGCAAGGAGAAAGUCGGAUCUUGAAUAUGAUUCGACAAAAAAGCAAAGAGAAUGCAGAUUUUGAGGCAGAAUGUUGCAUAGUGUUAGAUGGUAUGGAGUUGCAAGGGGAACGUGCAAUAUGGACAGAUUCUACCAGCUCUGUGGGUGCUGAGGGCUUGUUCCUGCAAGACCUUGGCAAUCUGGCUCAGUUUUGGGAGUGCUGUUCAUCCAGCUCUGGUGAUGCUGAUGGGGAGAGCUUUGGAGGAGACUCUCCAGUUAGACUCUCUCCGAUCUUGGACAGCACAAUGCUCAAUUCACACUUGCUUGCUGGCAAUCAAGAGCUCUUUUCAGAUAUUAAUGAAGGAUCUGGUGUAAACUCUUGUUUUUCAGUGUUUGAAGUGCAAUGCAGUAAUUCUGUUUUACCGUUUUCUUUUGAAACACUCAACUUGGAAAAUGAAAAUACAGAUUCUAGUGCUAAUAUGCUUGGGAAAACACAAUCUAGAUUGCUAAUAUGGACCAAAAAUAGUGCCUUUGAAGAAAAUGAACACUGUUCUAAUCUUUCAACCAGAACUUGUAGCCCGUGGUCCCAUUCAGAAGAAACACGUUCUGACAAUGAGACAUUGAACAUUCAGUUUGAAGAAUCCACUCAGUUUAAUGCAGAUGAUAUUAAUUAUGUAGUUCCUAGAGUCUCGUCAAAUUAUGUAGAUGAAGAACUUCUAGAUUUUUUGCAAGAUGAAACUUGCCAGCAAAACAGUAGAACUUUAGGAGAAAUUCCAACUUUAGUUUUCAAAAAAAGAUCCAAACUAGAGUCUGUCUGUGGUAUUCAGCUAGAACAAAAAACAGAAAACAAAAACUUUGAAACUUCACAUGUAUGUAGUGAAAGCAGUCCACAUGGAGAUGGCUACAGCUCAGGGGUUAUUAAAGACAUUUGGACAAAGAUGGCAGACAGAAAUCCUGUGGCUACAGUAGAAAUAGAAAGAAUUGACGAUGAGUUGUUUUCAGUAGAUGUAAAUAACUACUGCUGCUGUUUAGAUGCUGAAGCUAAAAUGGAGACCCUUCAGGAGCCCAGCAGGGCAGUGCAGAGGUCUGAGUAUCGCCUUUGGGAAGGACAGAAAGAAAACCUGGAGAAGAGAGCCUUUGUAUCCAGCGAGCUCUCCAAGGUGGAUGGUGGUGAUUACACCACACCCUCAAAACCUUGGGCUGUGGCCCAAGAUAAGGAGAAUGCAUUCAUUCUCGGGGGAGUCUAUGGAGAACUCAAAACCUUCAGUAGCGAUGGGGAAUGGGCAGUUGUGCCGCCAGGCCACACAAAAGGAAGCUUGCUGCAAUGUGCAGCUUCCGAUGUUGUGACCAUAGCCGGGACAGACGUCUUUAUGACCCCAGGAAACAGCUUUGCUCCUGGUCACAGGCAGUUAUGGAAACCCUUCAUGUCAUUUGAACAGAAUGACCAGCCGAAGAGUGGCGAAAAUGGGUUAAAUAAGGGAUUUUCUUUUAUCUUCCAUGAAGACUUACUAGGAGCUUGUGGUAACUUUCAAGUUGAAGAUCCUGGACUUGAAUACUCAUUCUCCUCCUUUGACCUAAGUAAUCCAUUUUCACAAGUCCUUCAUGUAGAAUGUUCAUUUGAACCUGAAGGGAUUGCAUCUUUCAACCCCACUUUUAAACCCAAAUCAAUCCUCUGCUCUGAUUCCGACAGUGAAGUAUUUCACCCUCGGAUAUGUGGCGUCGAUAGGACGCAGUACAGGGCCAUCCGGAUCUCUCCCAGGACUCACUUCCGCCCGAUCUCUGCAUCAGAACUGUCCCCAGGAGGAGGAAGCGAGUCAGAGUUUGAGUCUGAGAAAGAUGAAGCCAGUGUUCCUAUUCCUCCUCAAGCGGAUGUAUUUGAAGAUCCGCAGGCAGAUCUCAAACCUCUGGAAGAAGAUGCAGAGAAAGAAGGACAUUACUAUGGAAAAUCAGAGCUUGAGUCUGGCAGAUUUCUUCCCAGAUUAAAAAAGUCUGGAAUGGAAAAGAGUGCUCAGACAUCACUAGAUUCCCAGGAGGAAUCGACUGGGAUCCUGCCAGUCGGAAAGCAGAAUCCGUGUCUGGAAUGUAGCAUGAGUGAAUCUCUGGAAAUAGAUAUAGAAAGCUCGGAAGCAAAUUGUAAAAUAAUGGCACAAUGUGAGGAAGAAAUUAAUAAUUUUUGCAGUUGCAAAGCAGGUUGUCAGUUCCCUACUUAUGAAGAUACUUCAGUUUCUUCGGGACAGCUGGAACAGAUUGGGAAGAAAGAAAAAGAGGAAAGAAGCGAGAGCCUGCACCAUACCACUACCAUAUUCCUUCGCUUUCUAUUUCCUGGAUUGAACACUGAUGUGCAAGAGAUGAGUAGAAGUCAAGAAAAGCAGACCUGGUGGGAAAAGGCCUUGUACUCUCCCCUUUUUCCUGCAUCGGAAUGUGAAGAAUGUUAUACAAAUGCCAAGGAGGAGAAUGGUAUAGAAGAAUAUCCAGAUGCUAAAGAACUACCCAGUAAUGAAGAGCACCUGUUAGAUUUUAAUAGGGUGUCUUCUGUCUGUGAAGCACGGUGCGCCGGAGAGGGCGGUCCUGGGGCCCAGGCAAACGGCCUCUGCCGGAAGAUGCGCUCCAGCGCCAGCUCCGACCCGGGAGACUCGGGCUCCGACGGUGGCGGCGAGUGGGCGGGCGCUCGAGAGGAGGCGCUCUUCUCCCGGACUCACCUCUGACCUUGCGCCUAGUGCGGUUGAUGGGACGCCGCCCCUCCUUGGAGGCCUGUUCCUCUAGAGCAACAACAUAGGUUUCUUCCCGGAGUAACUGAUUCAUUCUUCUUGCUUAUCUUAGCAUUGAGGACCUGGUCCUGCUGGAGCUCUUUCCCAGCUGUUCAUUCUUGCUGUUGAAUAGACUAGAUGUGCUGUCCGGUCCGGAAUGGUGUGCAUGUGCUCGUCCUAGAGAUGUCGCUGCUCUUGCCUGGCAGCUGCAGGCCUCUCCUUCGCACUCGGUGACAUCUCUGUCACCUGUUGGCGCUGCGGUGCCGGCACACUUCUGCUGUUCAGAGACUUUAGCUUCGGAACAUUUAGCUUUGUUCUCUAAGCGCUGGGAGAGCAUUCUCACCUGCCAUGGGUCAGUCCUUUCCGGGGGCGGGAGGGAAGCACGGGUGACUCCAACAUGGCUGUAGGAGCGCAAGAGUGCGUGCAUCUAGAGACUUUCAGAGUACUGUUUCUACCCUGGGGCCCCCGAAGUAUCGUGGGACACUGUGGUGUGUGUCUUUCUUGCUAGCUGAAGGUGCCAAGGAUUUGGGACACUUGCUUCACCUGCCCGCGUGGCUGUUGCAGUGCAUCUGCGAGACAUGUGGGCAGGCUCUGGGGUCUGGAACGUGCAGGAGGACCUUGGCUGUGGAUUGUGGUUUUUCUGGCGAAUGUUGAGUCAGAGCCCCCAAGACUUGAAAUCUCGAGCCUUGGACAUACAAUAAAGGCCCCUGUCACCCACGGAAACCUUCGGCUGCUGCGGCUGGCUGCUCUCGUGGUGUGGUGUGGUGUGGUGUGGUGUGGUGUGGUGUGGUUGCUCUCGUCGUGUCUGAGAGGACACCCUGGGCGAGCCCUGUGUGCUGUGGAGGGUGUGUAGAGCCCUUCUUCACUGCCCCGUGAUCACUGUUGUGUCGGCACCGCCUGUGACUUGGUGACCCCAGGAGUCAGUCUCUUUUGCAUCCAUACCUGCUGAUCCCCUCCUCGAGCUCUCGUGACACUGUGUGGCAAGGUCAAGCCAGGAGGGGCCAUAUCAGCAAAACCUGAACAUGUUAAGGUGUUUUUCUUUUUUUAACUAACGUACCGUUUUAGAGAAUAUCGAGUCCGUGCGGUCGGUCAGUUGAGAGUGUGUGACCUCAGGAAGGCGCGAAGCCUGGCGUGGCCUAGACAGCCUCAUCACUCCUUCCUGCAGGUGGUGAGCCCAUUUGUUACUGCCUGGGAGCUGGACUGCCGCAACUUUGGAGCACUGGGGCUUGUCGCCUUCUUCUUAACU